AUGGUUGACUUUAAAAAUCGCAUAACCAAUCAGGUUGCAGCGUUUUCUAGUACUUCGCUGACCAAUUAUCGUUUAGCAAAUUCUCAUUGGCUAAUUCAACUGAGGAACAAAGGCGAACUAUAUAAACAAGGUCCAGCGUACAAACGCUGUUCACGUUGUAUACCUAGCGUCUGUACUCUUAUAAUGUCUGGUCGUGGCAAAGGAGGCAAGUCCCGCAAUAAGGCAAAGAGUCGUUCGGCCAGAGCUGGCCUCCAAUUUCCCGUUGGCAGGGUGCACCGCCUCCUGCGCAAGGGUAACUACGCUGAGCGCAUUGGUGCCGGAGCCCCGGUCUAUCUUGCCGCUGUUCUUGAGUACUUGGCCGCCGAGGUUCUCGAACUCGCAGGGAACGCGGCUCGCGACAACAAGAAGACUCGCAUCAUUCCCCGGCACCUUCAGCUCGCCAUACGCAAUGAUGAAGAGUUGAACAAACUACUCGGUGGCGUCACCAUUGCUCAAGGUGGUGUGCUGCCUAACAUCCAGGCUGUUCUGCUCCCCAAGAAGACAGAGAAGGCCGGCAAGUGA